AUGUCCACGACACGACAGACCAUGAAAGACAUGACGCCUUCAGCGAUUAGCAUGAAGCAUGUAGGCCCACAGACCACUGCGUACCGCAAGAAAGGCAAUCGGGCAGACCUACGGAAGUGCAUGUUCUGCCGGAGGGACAAACAGAGGUUCCGCCAACACCAGAAGAUACGCGAGGGCCAGGCGGACGAUACAACUAACAUAGGGACUUCGAAUUCGAAAUUGCCAUAUGCGACGCAGCGAACACUGUCCGCAACGUCCACAUCGAAGAGUACCAGCACCGACCCACUAUACUCGUCAACCAACGACAGUCUCGAGGCAUUAGACUCAGACCAUGGAGAUGUUGCUCGGUUGGCAGGAUCAAACCGUUGGACAAGCAUACUUGAGUCCGACUUCGAUGCGGCGUCGCUUACUGUACAAGGAGACCCUUUGAACGUAACAAGCUUACACUUCCCAGUAGGUUCGUUUACAGAUAUGACGUAUGCACAGUCUGAGCGUUCAAACUCGCAAGAGGCUUCGCCAUUCGCAAGCUACUGCCCUGAACCUGGCGUACCGAUAUUCUCCCUAAAGAUGACGCCGUCAGAUCCAUACAUGAUGAACGCUACCGAAUACAAACUGGAUCAACGAAUGGGCAGUCUAUACGGAAAUCCUCGCACGUAUGAAAAAGUGUGCAGUCAGAAGUUGGGUUACACACUAGCAGAGUGGUACAGAGAGGACGUGAGACAGCUAGCCCAUUGCGUACGUGUAGACUAUCCCGCCGCUCAGCCUUGUAACAACGGCUGUUGA